AUGGAUGAAGAAGAAGACGACUUCUAUGACCCCGUUGAUGCGGUGCCAGUCACACAAUCGCAAAACCACGCACAAAAUGCAGCUCCAGGCCAAUCGCAGGAGGGCAAUGAUAUGAACUACGAGGAUGAGGAAGAAGAGGAUGAAGAGGACGACGACGACGACUUCAACAUCAUCACAGAGGCCCCUGCAGACGCACCAGCACCAGAAGCCUCCCACCCACGCCAUGCAAGCUUACGACAAGAACCACAAAGGCCUGGCUCCGCCGACUCGUCAAUGAUAUCGAAGGCAGGAACGCCGUCCGCAACACCCCGAUAUGAGACCUCAACCCCAGUCGCCGGCCAACCAGUCGCAACAAAACCCCCCUCCGACCAAAAGCCAGGCUCCGCCUACCCAGCCAUUCAUAGCUCGACCAUCGAUGUCAAUGGGAACCCCGUCCACCCGACCACAGGCAAGCCGAUCAUGUCCACGGACAUGGAUGCCGAUUUACCAUCCGACGACAAGCCCUGGCGUCGGCCUGGGUCAGAUCUAUCAGAUUACUUCAACUACGGCUUCGAUGAAUUUACAUGGUCCGGCUACUGCCUUAAGCAGCAAGGCGUUCGACAGGAGGUUGGCAGCCAGAAGCGACAGAUGGAUGAUAUGCAGGCUUUCAUGACUAUGGGUAUGCCCCCCAUGCCUGGUGCACCCCCAGGACCUGCUGCCGCUCCGCCUGCCGCUCCGCCUAUGGCUGGUAUGCCCGGCGGUGUGCCAGAUAUGAACCCCGAUAUGAUGCAGGGUAUGCUAGCCAGCAUGAUGGCCCAGGGCCUGGACCCGUCCUCCAUGGAUCCGAUGGCUUUCAUGCAGCAUGCGCAAUCCAUGAUGCCCGGAGGACAGCCGAGUCAACCUGGAUUUGGUGGCCAACCUCAGGGACAGGGCUUCGGUCAAGGUGGUCAGGGUCAGAUGGGCUAUGGUGGAUACGAUCAGCGCGGUGGUUACGGAGGACGAGGACGGGGGCGCAGAUGGUAG